GUGAGUCCAAAAUCUCUCUCAGUCUCACCCUUUUGCGUGUGUGUGUUGUGUGGCCACUAAUGUAGUACUUUGGUAGGGAAGAGCAGAGAGACAGAGAGAGAGAGAGAUCUUCUUAUCCAUGGCGGCUAUUGCUAGUCUGCAAGCAAUUCAUCUGAGAUUUGGGCGACGUGGCAGCACUCGAUGUGGGAUUGCGGAGCCGAGCGGAGAGCCAGCUCCGAUGGGGCAGAAGACAAGAUACGAUGAUGGUUUGGCAGCGAGAGUGUUCAUGGGUCUAUUCGCGAGGAAGAUGGACAAGUUUGGUGGUUCGCAGAAGAAGAAGAUUGAGAAAGGGUUUUGGGAGUAUGACUACGAGAGCUUCGUUGAGGUUUCAAAGAGAGUGAUGCAGGGACGCUCAAGAUCGCAGCAGCAAGAAGCCGUGAGGGAGGUUCUUCUCUCCAUGCUUCCUCCUGGCGCUCCUCAACAGUUUAGGAAACUGUUCCCACCAACGAAAUGGUCGGCUGAGUUCAACGCAGCUCUUACAGUGCCUUUCUUUCACUGGUUGGUUGGUCCUUCUCAGGUCAUUGAAGUGGAAGUGAAUGGUGUGAAACAGAGAAGUGGAGUUCGUAUAAAGAAAUGCAGGUAUCUUGAGAACAGUGGGUGUGUAGGAAUGUGUGUGAAUAUGUGCAAGAUCCCUACCCAAGAUUUCUUCACCAAUGAGUUUGGCCUACCUCUCACCAUGAACCCAAAUUUUGAAGAUAUGAGUUGUGAGAUGAUAUACGGACAAGCGCCUCCGGCAUUUGAAGAGGAUCCAGCCACCAAACAACCUUGUCUAGCAGACAUAUGUUCUAUGUCCAAUCCAAGCUCCCCAAUCUGCCCUAAACUACAGGCAUGACUGGCAUUGGAUCAUCAAGAUGUGCUAUUUCCAAGAGAUAUACAGUAUACAUACUUUUCCCAAACACAUACAUCUAAAAGAUCUACAAUGUAGAGAGCUGAUACGAGUUAGUAUUAUUCUGUGUUUCUAUUCUGGUUGAGUUGUGCACAGAAAGUCAAGAGAAUAAUACACUUGAGCUCACUCAUCUCCGUUGGCCUCUAUCUGUGUUUAGUGUUUCAAUUUCGAA